AUGCGUCACGGGGUCGCCAUGGCAACAGCGCCGGGCUUCCGGUCCGACCAGGAAGUGAAGAGCCGUUGCCAUGGCGACCGCGGGGCAGGUGGUGUCCCUGGCGCUGGUGGCCGUGCUGUGGGGCGGGAGCAGCCCCUUCCUGAGGGCGGGAGCAGCGGGAAUGGAGGAUGUUCGGGGCCGGGGCCACCUGGGGCAGCUCCUGGCCGAGAUCCGCUUCCUUGGCCUGAACUGCAAGUACAUGGUGCCCUUUCUGCUCAACCAAGGUGGAUCCCUCCUCUUUUACCUCACCUUGGCAUCCACAGACCUGUCCCUGGCAGUCCCACUCUGCAACUCCCUGGCUUUGGUGGUGACCCUGGUGACUGGCAGGAUCCUGGGAGAGGAUGUUGGUGGCAAACGGGCUGUGGCAGGAAUGCUGCUUACCAUCCUGGGGGUCUCACUGUGUCUGGCUGGUUCAGGAACAAGAAGCAGAGGGACAGAACCUGACCAAGGGUAACCCCCCCCCUGUGGCUGAGGGGGCUCCUGGCUCAGCCACGCCUGGGAAAGGUGGAUUUUGACACAGAGAUGUCAAAACCCAUGGACUGUAUUCCCUGAGCACCAGGGUGGAACAAAGCACAUCCCAUUCCAUGUCUUAAGGAAUUUUUUUGUGGGUGUUUCAAGACGACGACAGUUGAAUUUGCUCAGCACCGAAGGGGCAAUAAGGGGUUAAUAAAUCAUUCA